GCGUCAGUCAGUCGGACGGGACUCUCCGCAGUGCACUCAGCCGCUGUGCUCUCCUCUCGGCUGAGUGGAAACAUCAUGUGUCUGUGGGACGCCCAGAGGAACAGCCCUGUUUCUCCGAACUGAGACCAGAAGAGAGGCAGGCGGGGGAACGGGCCGAGGGAGAGAGAGGGGAACGGAAUGAGCUCGACCAGAAACUCGGAGUAGACUCUCCAAAGGGGAAAGUCAAAGACACAGCAGCGUUUAUUUGAGGAUAGCUUUCCAUCCGUUCUGCCAAGCUCCAACCACCCUCGGACCCGGCGAUGCCAUGCUGGCCCAGAGGAACGGGCUACCUCCUCCAGGCUGCAAGCCGGCCCCGCUGGUGAAGGAUCACCCCGACCUGCGGGACGUGGACGUGAACGCCGUCGGGUGCUGCUCCCUCUCCUCUCCCUCCCCGUCGUCGGGGGGUUGCCCCUGGGCUCGGCUGGCCGGCGUGGACGGCUGCCUGUCGGAGCCGUACUGCCUCUGGUUCCAGCUGUUGGCCAGAGCCUACUGGGGCGAGGUGGAACUGGGUCUCACCAGUCCCAACCGCAGCGUGUCCUGGGCUCGGCUGCGGGAAGCCUCCAGGAAGAACUGCGUCCGGUCCCGGGCCAAGCAGAAGGAUGGACGCGAUCAGAGCGAGGCGUCGGCCCCCACCUCCCCCGGGCCGGAGGAGGAGCCCUUCUCCUGGCCGGGCCCGAAGACGCUUCACCUGCGCCGAACGUCCCAGGGCUUCGGCUUCACGCUGCGUCACUUCAUCGUCUACCCGCCGGAGUCGGCGGUCCACAACUCUCUGAAGGACGAGGAGAAUGGCAGCCGAGGGAGACAGCGGAACCGUCUGGAGCCAAUGGACACCAUUUUCGUCAAGCAAGUGAAGGAGGGGGGCCCCGCCCACGGAGCUGGACUCUGUACAGGGGAUCGUAUCGUGAAGGUGAACGGAGAGAGCAUCAUUGGGAAGACCUACUCGCAAGUCAUAGCCUUGAUCCAGAACAGCGAUGCCUCACUGGAGCUCUGUGUGAUGCCAAAGGAUGAGGACAUUUUGCAGCUGUUUUCCCGGGAUAUCACUGCUCUGGCGUAUUCCCAGGAUGCAUACCUCAAAGGAAACGAGGCGUACAGCGGAAAUGCCCAGCACAUCCCUGAGCCCCCUCCCAUAUGCUACCCUCGGAUAGAAGUUAAGGCUGCGGGCGCGGCCCAGUCGCCGGAGCCCGCAGCGGUCGGCGAGACCCCUCGAGGGCCAGCUCAGGGACCGGGGAGAAACGGGGGGACGCCUGAGAAGAGCUAUCGGGUGGAAAUCCCUGUUCCGCCGUCGCCCCCACCCCAGCAGACGUCGAAGUCUCAGACCGUGGUGUGUGUCUGCAGUGAGAACAUGAGGACAGUAGCCAUGCCUCCCGAUCCGGUCGACAGGGGGCCCUGGGUGGCUCGGGCGGGCCCCAGCCACAGGACAGAGGAAAACCGGCACAGUUCUCCAACAGAUUCUGGAUCAACCAGACCCAGACCCCUUAUUCCCUCAGUACCUGGGGGAGCGCAAUUGCAGUACCCCUCCUCCCGUCCUGUAGAAAGCCAGGUCUACUCCCCUUCCUCAAGUUCUCGACCUGUUGCGAUCUACGCCGACCCCUUGUCCUCACCUGCUGCACGGGCACCUGUCACCGCUGCAUCGCCGGACACAUUCUCCACGGCCGUCUCGCCCAACGCCAACCGCUGCUCGCCCUCUCCCACGGCCCCGACCACCUCUCCGCAUCAGAACAUCGACUGGAGAAACUACACCACCUACAAGGAUUACAUCGACGCCAAGAGGCUGCACACGUACGGCUGCCGCACCAUCCAGGAGCGGUUGGACAGCUUGCGCGCAGCCGCCAAUUCUAGUUCCGCCUACGCCCAACAGCGUACGCCGCCUCCUUCUAGCGCCGGUCAGAGAGGGGCGCCGGGGUCCCAGGUCAGACAGAGGAGCACGUCCAAUGACCGUGGUGUGGACGCAAGAAGUCAGGGUACGGCAGUGACCACUCCAUUACGUAGCGUCUCCCAAGAGAGGCUUGGUGGCGGAACAGAAAGGACAGUAUCGACCAGGAACUGGCCCCGCAGCGCUUCCCAGGAUGCUCUGCCCUACUCCACGCCGACGGGAGUCGCCAAACCUCGGGCGCGGUCUUGUGACUACCUGGGCCGGCAGCCCGCAGAGGCAGGUGAGGUCGACGGGGCGGACUUUGAGGACAGGCUGCUGCUCUGUCGGCAAGAGGAACCCAGAGCCAGCAGGCAGGCGGCAGGCCUGAGAGUUUUACCUCAUCUCAACCGGAGUCUCACUGGACAGGAGGAAGAAGGGCGAGAAAGUGGAUUAUCUAACUCUGCUCCCGCGUUCACUAAAGGUACGACAGAUUCCGUGAUCACGUCGAGGACGGAUGGCGUCAUAAUGAGGCCGUCGCGUCUGCCUGUUAAAAACUCCCUCUCGGACUCUUCACCUGCCUUACCCACCAACAGAACCACAGACCCUCUUAAAGACCAAAGAGCUGCCGUCAUGGGCAACCAUCUGGGCUACUCGUCCCCUCUGCACCUUCAGCUCAGGGGCCGGGCGGACAGUCUGAAAAUGGAGAGCAGGUUGGAGGCUGGGUUGGCGGCCAGGUCCUCCUCUUGCUCGGGUCCGUCCUCUAAACAGCCCACGCAGAGACAACUUGUCCCCGCUUCCUCUGGUACGAACGGAGCUGUGACCCACAAGCCAAAGGUCAGAGAAACCUGCAGUUCCACCAGCACACCCGCACGGACUAAUGGCGGCCUCGCAGAGGGCGUAGAGGGACCCGAUGCAACCGUUGUUGUCCUGAGAAGGGACAAGAACUCAGAGGCUCCGCACAUUCGCCCUCCAUCGUACAUACUAGCCGUCAAUGACAACAACGAUGCACGGGUGAUUCAUAAAUCGCCCCCGUUGGUGAAGGCAGGCUCUGAAGACGGAGCCAUGUGCUGGAUGUCUCAUGAUGGCUACAGGGAGACGCAUCUGAGGAGGCUGGGAGACACGCGACACAAGUCCGGCUCCAAUAACCUCAAUGACUCCCUGGAUUCAAUCCCCUUUAUAGAUGAACCGUCCAGUGCCAGUAUCGACCUGGACAGCGCGGACAUUCCUGCCUCCGCCCUGAUAUCUGGAGCGCCCAUCAUCAUCACCACCAUCCCGCCCAGCCCCACCUCCCCGUGCCCUCUAAUGCGACGACAGAUGUCACAUGACCAGGAUUCUCUCCGUCUCACAAUCAUUGAGUCCGAUUCUGGUACAAAAACAGAGCGCUCCAAGUCGUACGAUGAAGGUCUGGAUAACUAUCGUGAAGAAGGAAGAGGGUCUUUAAUACCUGGUCUGAAAAGUCUAAGGAAGGCGGUCACGGACAGGUCGUCGGAAGACUCGGGGUCCAGGAGGGAUUCUUCGUCGGACGUCUUCUGUGACGCCACCAAGGAGGGUCUGCUGCAUUUCAAGCAGCUCAACACCGACAAGGGCAAGCAGCGUGGCGGCGGGAGUUCGCGGCCGUGGAAGCAGAUGUACGCCGUGCUGCGGGGCAACUACCUCUGCCUGUACAAGGACAAGAAGGAGGGGCAGGCGCACGCCAACUGCCAAGCGGUGGACGAGCCGCUGCCCAUCAGCAUCAAGGCCUGUCUCAUCGACAUCUCCUACAGCGACACCAAGCGCAAGAACGUGCUGAGGCUGACCACGUCGGACCGCGAGUACCUGUUCCAGGCCGAAGACCGCGAGGACAUGCUGGCCUGGAUCCGGGUCAUACAGGAGAACGGCAACCUGGACGAGGAGAACGCGGCCUUCACCAGCCAUGACCUCAUCAGCAGGAAGAUCAAGGAGUACAACACCUUGAUGAGCCCGACAGGCAGCAAGACGGAGCAGUCGCCCAAACAGUCCCGCCAGUCGCUGAGCAUCAGACAGACGCUGCGGGGAGGCAAAGGGGAGGCCAAGGCCACGAGUCAGCACUCACCCAAACCUGAGCAGGAGAGGAAGAACAUGCACAAAGAUGACACCAGCCCUCCCAAGGACAAAGGGACGUGGAGGAAGGGAAUCCCGGGACUGAUGAGGAAGCCUUUCGAGAGGAAGCCGUCUCCUGGAGUCACGUUCGGAGUGAGGCUGGACGACUGUCCUGCCGCACAGACGAACAAGUUCGUGCCUCUGAUCGUGGAGGUCUGCUGUCAGCUGGUGGAGGAGCGGGGGCUGGAGUACACGGGCAUCUACAGGGUCCCGGGGAACAACGCGGCCAUCUCCAACAUGCAGGAGGAGCUGAACAACAAGGGCAUGAACGACAUCGACAUCCAGGACGACAAAUGGAGGGACCUCAACGUGAUCAGCAGUUUGCUCAAGUCCUUCUUCCGCAAACUUCCAGAGCCUUUAUUCACAAACGACAGAUACACAGACUUCAUAGAUGCCAACAGAAUCGAGGGCCCAGUGGAGAGACUCAAAGUGAUCAAGAGGCUGCUUCAUGAGCUGCCGGACCACCACUACGAGACGCUCAAGUUCCUCUCCGCUCAUCUAAAAACCGUGGCUGACAACUCAGAGAAGAAUAAGAUGGAGCCGAGGAACCUGGCCAUCGUGUUCGGCCCCACUCUGGUGCGAACCACCGAGGACAACAUGACGCACAUGGUGACUCACAUGCCGGACCAGUACAAGAUCGUGGAGACGCUCAUUCAGAAUUAUGAGUGGUUUUUCACUGAAGAUGGAAAUGGAGAGCCAGUGACGGUGUCCCGGUACGAGAGCGCCGUGGAGUCGCAGCCCCUGCCCAACAUCGACCACCUCCUCACCAACAUCGGCCGCACGGCCACGUCGCAGGGUGAAGUAUCAGAUUCACCGACCAGCGACUCGGCUAAAUCAAAGGGUUCCUGGGGCUCAGGGAAGGACCAGUGCAGCCGCGAGCUCCUGGUCUCCUCCAUCUUUGCUGCAGCCAGCCGCAAAAGAAAGAAAUCAAAGGAGAAGCCGCAGCCUAGCAGCUCGGACGACGACCUGGACGCCGUGUUCGCCAAGAAGGAGAUCCCCGGCCAGAAGCCGAACCACCACCACCACCCUCAGCUCCUCCAGACCGAGGUGCAGAGCGAGACGCGCCCGGGCCUCGGCGCCAAGCAGCAGGCGCGGAGCGAGGAGAGGAAGGAGAACGGGCGGACUGCGGAGCUGACGCCGAAAGCCAAGAGGGAGCACCGCAACUCCAUGUUCCUGAAGGAGACGCAGGCCAGACACGCGCCACCGUCCCCCUCCCCGAUCGUCAGCUACCAGGCAGCUCCUCAGGGGAAGUCGUCCCUGUCCGACCCCCCGUCUCAGCUGGACGAGAACACCUCUGACCUCGGGACCAUGAGCUCCGGAGCGUCGGUGCCACGGUCGAGACCGAAGAAGUGGAUGGCGGGAGACCUGCCGGCGGGCGCGUGUAUCGGACAGGGGGCGUCCGCCGGCGCAGAGGUGAGCUCCAUCACCUCGGACUACUCCACCACCUCGUCCAUCACGUUUCUGACCGGAGCGGAGUCCAGCGCCCUCAGUCCGGAGCUGCAGGGCGGCGAGGAGGCGGACGACGAACGCAGCGAGCUCAUCAGCGAGGGCCGGCCCAUGGAGACGGACAGCGAAAGCGACUUCCCGGUGUUCGCCCCGGGCGGCGGCAGCAGCCAGUCCACGCCGCGCGCAGAGCAGAGUCAGGACAAGACGGAAGCGAGAAGCGGCAGCACGGCCGAGGGGGGCGCCACGCCCAAACUGGAAGCGCGCCGCCUUUUCCCGUCGCACAGGAUGAUCGAGUGCGACACCCUCUCCAGACGGUGGUCCCUGCGGCAGAAGACGGACAGCGAGUCGUCGGUGGAGGGCGUAGCCGCCAGCGGGGAGCGCGGCGGCGGCCGGACGGAGUCGUCCACGCGGUUGUCCCGAGUACUGGAGGUGAUGAAGAAGGGCCGAUCUACGAGCAGCCUCAGCUCGUCUUCGCGCAGCGAGUCGGAGCGUCCCGAACCGGCGGCGUGGCACCUCAAGAUCACCGAGCGGCUCAAGUUCCGGAUACGAACGUCGGCCGACGACAUGUUCACGCAGAAGAGCCGAGCACCGGACGCCCGCGGCAAGAAGAAGAGCAUCCGGCGGCGGCACACCAUGGGCGGGCAGAGGGACUUCGCCGAGCUGGCGGUCAUCAACGACUGGCGGGAGCAGGGCGGCGUGGAGACGGCGGCGGACCUCUCCUCCCUGGACAACGUCAAGCCCCGGUGCUCCUCCGAGGACUGGAUCUCCAGGGAGCGGUGCGUCGAGGUGGCGCCGAGGGCCGUCCCCGAGGACGACCACGCAGAGGCUCGGGACGUAUCUCCCUCUGUAAUACCUCCGCCGUCCACGGACACGCCGCCGCCGCCACCGCCGCCGCCGGGGGAGCACGUCAACGGGAGCGGGCCGCAGGGCAAGAACAAAGCCUCCCUCGGGGCGGACGCUCACCCGCACAAACUCUCCGGGGCGCAAGUCGUCCGCUCGCGCUUCUACCAGUAUCUGUGAAAACUGGCCCGAGUGAAACGGAAUGAAUGCGCGAAAAGAAAAGAAAAAUGUACGAAUGUGGAUAUUUUAGCUGAGGUUUUACUGCACAACAAUAUUUUUUCUACAGAAGCAUACUUUAAUGUACAUACUUGUGUAUUAUAGGCUCACACGAUUGUUACUGGAAGAAACAAAAACAAUGCUGAAGAGAUGUUUUAUGACUCGACUGGAAAAUUAAAACACGGACUUCCUCCUCCUGCGAGAUGGACCCCUGACUGAUACGAGACGGACUCUUGAGGUUUGUGACGCAGCACUAAUGACAAACACGAAGCGGUCGACUCGACUGUUACUGAAGAAGAGACGCAGGAGGAGGAAACGUCGUUACUACGGAAUCGUCACGGUUCAGUUCUUCCUCUUAUAAGCGGUAUGAAGAAUGUAUUACUCGGACUAACACUAGUUGCUUGUGACAAUAUUGUCAUUUUUAAAAAACAAUGUAUUUCUUUUUGUUGCCUGUACUUGAAGUAUGUGGGUUUAGUCGAGGGGCUGCUUUCUGAGCUGGGUGCUGUGGGAAGUUUCUUCUUUUUUUUUCACAGUACAGUCACAACAGCCAGAUAUUAGCUUGAGGGGACUGAAGGGGUUAUUAUUAUUAUUAUUAUUAUUAUAGUUUUAUCAAAUAAAAGACUGAAAAUGAAAUAAUGAUGAAAUACUGUUACUUUGGUAUGUAAUGCUUGGGUACAGUAGAUUUUUAUUUCCGAAAUGUAAAAAAAAAAAAAAAAAAAUCUUUUACGUGUUUUUAUCUCAAAAAGAAAAAAGUGCCUCUUUUUUUUUCUUUUUCUUUUUUUUUACUGUUUUUAAAUUUGGAAAAUAUUUCACAGGCAUUCCACAGAUUAUUAUUUUUUCCCCUGUUGAACUCAAUUCAAAUUGAAUGUUUGUUUCGUUAUACUUUUUGCUUCCACCCCCCACUCCCUUUGACCAUGUGCAGUUCGAACGCAUGGCCGGUUAAAACCAGGGAGUCAAACAGAAGAAGAAGAAAUAUCUUUGAAACUGCAUGAGACAAUGUUUUGGUGAAACAUCUCAACAUCGGUGCAAUGCCCCCUCCCUCAACAAACACUGGAAAUAAAUAAUCUUUAUUAGA